AUGACCGGCGCUGCCGCUCCGAUUGACAUCGCCACCCGCCAGAGCUCUGUCUCGCCCCCGGGACAGCAGGCCUCGAACCUCACCUCGGCCUUGCAAAGAGCCGGCAAUGGCGAACGCACGGGGAGUCUCUCUCAUGCCAACGGCGUUGGACUGAGCAUGUUCAAAGCUCCCCCUCCUCGAAAAGACUCCAUUGGUACAACUUCUGCACACUGGGGAAACGGUACGAAACCGAUCUCUGUAUCAGGGAACAACCGCGAUAAACAGCGCCGCGAAUCUCUAGCCGGAAGCUUGGUAGGGGGCAUGAGCUGGGGUGGCGUGUCCGUUGGCAGUUGGAUACGCGACGAUAUUCUUAUGACUGGCACUUCUCCGUUCCACAUUCAAUCGCCUUCCUUUCACUCGUCCUCAUACCUGCCGAAGCUAGAAGCAAAUUUCAUGCGAGAUUUCCAGUGUUGUAAUGUGACCCUGCCGACUCUCCACGACCUUCUGCAGCACUACGAAGAAGCCCACGCUACGAAAUCUCCCCACCAGGGAGGACAUCGCCCGAGUCAAGCGGAUGGCCGUGCUGCUUUGGCUGCAGCUGCGAUCGCGCAACAACAGAACCAGCAGAACCAGAACCAGAACCGCGGGCUGCAGCCUGACAGGACUCUCGAUCUGCAGCGGAAAUUGAGUCAGACCCAAACUAUCCAGCCUCAUUCCGACAUGGACACAAUCGACGACAUGGAAUUAGAUGAGCCGAUGGGUGACGGCGAUCCCACAUCCUCCCAUUUGUUCUCGCCACCGUCGCAAGAUGGCAGCCAAGGAGGCUUUGGCAAUUCCAACCAGAGAGUUCCUCAUCUGAAUUUGUCGAUGCUACCGAGUCAUCAGGGCUUCAAAGGCUCUCAGCCAGGGACACCGGUGGCUUCCGGGCGCCCCCUGUCUUUGCAGAAUAACCCCACAGUUUCCUCCGUAAAUACGCCGACGUUGAUGGCAAAUCCCCUGCAGAACUCGCAAUUCCGAACUACGCCGGAUUCCUCUGCUCCAGGCACCCCGGCAGAGCUGGAUGAAAGCAUGAUCAAUCCGUUCGGCGACAUGUCCAUGCAAAACAACCCGAUGAUGCAGGCCCAGGGCCAGUUCGGCAGGUUCAGCAAUGACAUGGUCGAUCUGUGCAUUGACGAACCUGCCAAACGACUAUUUAGUCCCACUGGAGGUCUUAACUCUCCUAACGCCCACUUCAAGCUUAGCGGUGCGCAGUACGGUCCUAACAGCGAAAUAGCGCGCCGAAUUCGCGAGCAGCAGUUGUUGGCCGGUGUUCCCGACACCACCGCUUUGCUCCCUAACGAAGAGCCUAAGCCUUUCAGGUGCCCUGUCAUCGGAUGCGAAAAGGCAUACAAGAAUCAAAAUGGCUUGAAAUAUCACAAGGCUCACGGCCACAACAACCAGCAAUUACAUGAUAAUGCAGACGGCACUUUCUCGAUUGUCAACCCAGAAACAUCGGCACCGUAUCCUGGCACGCUCGGUAUGGAGAAAGAGAAACCCUACCGUUGCGAAGUCUGCGGCAAACGAUAUAAGAAUUUAAAUGGCCUCAAAUACCACAAAUCGCACUCUCCGCCGUGUAAUCCCGAUUUCCAACUUGCCGCUGGUCGCAACCUGUUUGGUGGAGGCGUUAUGCAGGGUCAAAAUAUCAACGUCGCCGGAGCUGGCCUACCUGGCAUUGGUGAAGAAGGGCUUUUAUAA